AUGACGACAUGCUACGGCAUCCAGUCGAUGUCACGUAGUCGAACAUGUGCCAGAGCAUUGACCUGGACUACACAUCGUGAUCCUGGGCUUGCGGUUCAAGCGCCGGCAUUCGCCAGUGAGUUAGAACUCUUAAGUUUGUCUUUCGUGACCAAUGAAGCAAGCCAUGUUGCUUGGGCUGAUCUUUUUGAUCUCGCCCUUGAUGGCAAUGAAGACAAUAGGCAGGAAGGACGUCCCCUUCGACAUGCUCGAAGGAGCCAACAUGAGUCGAAGCCCACCACGGAGUCCGAAGGCCUGUCCCGCUUGCUGCGUCAACGGCGGCAGGCGGCGAUCUGGGGGCCUAUUGGGGAGGCGGCUCAACACAUUGGCAAUGGGAUGAAAAAGGGGGCUGAGAAGACGGUUGAGGGAGGUAAGAAGGUAGGUGAGAAGGUGGUUGAGGGAGGUAAGAAGGUUGGGAAGGAAGUUAAAGACAAACUUGACAAAGUUGGUGAUACCAUGGGGGACCUCUACGAGAAGGCCACAGACAAGAUACUCUUUAUUGCCGAGAAUGCCAUCGACACCCUGGAGAAGGCCAUUGACAUCCUCAAGCGCGGCUUCAAAGAGUGGGGAGUCCAGUGCUCCGGCCAAGGGAUAGGGUUCACAAUGGAUGCUGCAGGCGCCGGCCUUCAACUUCCUUCAUGUGACAUCAACUUGAUGGGCCAGAAAACCACACUCUUCGAUUUCGGCAGGCAUGCUCGGGUCGAUUGGCCUGGCCCGCUGAAGACUGUGGUCGACUUGGGCAGCGAAAUCCAGACCUGCGUGGCGGGCGACCUUCUCAUUGAGGUCGACCAAGCGGACCAAACGUCGAAGCAGCACGAUACUUGGCUCCCCAAAAUGGACCUCGGCAACGCGAUGAACCCCAUGCACCCUUUUACCGGCCAAGCUUCGGGUUCUGUUGCCGAUCAUGCUGCUGCUGGUGUUGCUCCUCCUUCUCCUCCUCCUCCACCUCCUCCUCCACCAUCCGGCCCAAAGGUUAUCACGUGCCUCGCUGACAAAAUCUUCAAUCAAGCGCUAUACAAGAUGAAGUGGGCGACUGUGCGCAAACUGGGCGGCUACCUGCAGGACGCAACACACGGCAUAGAGCCCUUGAAGACUAUUGCUGGUGCCCCGGAGGCCGUCAUCUCCCUUGUGACACAGAUCAAGGACUGCUCGACAUCCGGAGCUUUGGGCAUUCUACCUUGUGUCGCUGGCAAAAUCUUCAAUCUAGCGCUAUACACGAUGAGUUGGCCGACUGUGCGCAAACUGGGCGGCUACCUGCAGGACGCAACAGAGGGCAUAGAGCCCUUGAAGACUAUUGCUGGUGCCCCGGAGGCCGUCAUCUCCCUUGUGACACAGAUCAAGGACUGCUCGACAUCCGGAGCUUUGGGCAUUCUACCCUGUGUCGCUGGCAAAAUCUUCAAUCUAGCGCUAUACACGAUGAGUUGGCCGACUGUGCGCAAACUGGGUGGCUACCUGCAGGACGCAACAGAGGGCAUAGAGCCCUUGAAGACUAUUGCUGGUGCCCCGGAGGCCGUCAUCUCCCUUGUGACACAGAUCAAGGACUGCUCGACAUCCGGAGCUUUGGGCAUUCUACCUUGUGUCGCUGGCAAAAUCUUCAAUCUAGCGCUAUACACGAUGAGUUGGCCGACUGUGCGCAAACUGGGCGGCUACCUGCAGGAUGCAACAGAGGGCAUAGAGCCCUUGAAGACUAUGGCGGGUGCUGUGAAGGCAGUCAAGUCCUUGGUGAGCAUGGGCCAGAAGGUGGCAGAUGAAUGCAUCGACUUUGUUGGGGACGAGCCCGCGACCUCGCGAGCCCAUGACCAAAAGACCCCAUUCUACUGUCUCGCGCAAGAGGUGACCAGCGCUAUGCCCUGGGCGUCUGUGCGCCAACUGGGCGGCAACAUGUUCGACGUAAGGAAUGGCGUUCCCCCCUUGAGCCACCUCAACAGGAUGGGCGACAUCCUCUCUGACGUUCUGGAGGGCUUCGCGAAAGUGGCGGCCACAGUGGCCGGGCAGGUCCUGAAGGGCGGCGCGUCCCUGAUCCAAGAGGCCGCCCUGUCGAAGUUCCCGGCCGCUGGGGCGCCGCCGGUGCUGCACAGCGCCGGCAAAAGCCUGGUCAUCAAGACCCACACCCAGAAGCGCAAAGCGAAGGUCUCGGCCCUGCAGAAGGGCGAGGACGACCCCCCGAAUGACGGUAUCAGCUUCGAACUCCACGACGAGGGGACCAACCAGCAGCCCAGGCUGGUCACGCAGUUCAACGGCAACGAGAAGGACUCGAGCUCCUGCUUGGCUUUCGCCCCGAAGAACAAGACUGGGCAGAACGGCCAGGCGACGGAAGCAGACUGGCAGGUCCAGGACGAGAAUGACUUCGUGGAGCUGGCGCCUUGGGCUGUGCCAUGUGGCACCGAAUGGAUGAAAAAGAACUGGGACAAGUGGCAAGGCUACUCGUUCUACACGAGCGCCGAGGCCAUCGAGAGCUGCGUGACGGUGACGUACGGCAUCAACGUCCAGCCCGUGGUGGCCUUCGUGGGGGGCGUGCAGUUCGAGGUGAUGCCCGAGCCGCUCGUCUCCAUCGACACGACCGUGUGCUGGCCUUCGGGCAGGCCCGAUGGCCAGGACCUGAGCGUGCUUCGCAUGGAGAUCAAGUCCAGUGGCGUUCUGCUCUUCGGCCGGUCCCUCCGCCUCAGCAAGCGCUUCGGAAGCAACACGGACUUCGUGAAGGAAAACACGCAUGCCGUCACGUCAAACUGGCUGGACGCGCCAUACCCCCAGCAGGCCAUCCCCAGGACGAAGUCGACGGAGUUCCUCCAGACGGGCCAGGAGUCCACGGCUCGUCGCAAAGUGCAGGAGGACCAGGACCAGGGAGUACUGGAAUGGAUGCAGGAAGAGGAGAUGUACCUGGCUUCCGCCAGCUAUUCCCAAGUGGGCGUCAACCUGACCUCAGAGCUGCGUGGCUCAGCGGCCGCACGGCGCCUGAGCCUCACUGCCGCCCAGGGAGCCUUCCAGCUCUUCACCUUCGAGCACCCCAGCAAGCUCAUGAGCUUCAAGCUUGGGGCCCUCUUGGAGGGGAACAGCUUGGAGAUGAGCGCGCAGAUGGGCUUCGGGCCCUUCAAGUCCGAGGAGAAGAGGUUCAAGCUGGUGGACAUUGCGAAUCAGUUCGCCGUGGUCCUCUCUGCGAUCCCCUUCGUGUCCCAGCCCAGCAGAGACAAGGCCCUGCAGGCCGUGAGGGCCUUUGCGACCAAGGACGUGCCCCCACCGCCACCCUUCGCGCCAAGUCCGGGCCUCAGUGUUGCGCUUCACAACCACCGCUACAACGAGUACCUGAACAUGGCGUCGGAUGGCAAAGUGCGCUCCAGUGGCAGCCGCGACUUUGAGAAGGGCCUUCCCGACGACUGGCUCUCGGAACGCUGGACCGUGGUGGAUGCGGGCCAGGGCUCCUUCGGGUUGCACAACCAAGAAACGAACAGCAUCCUGUGCCAUAAAGGUGGAGAGCUCUUUGGUGAAGUUUCCUCGGCCGGCGGCUUCAAGGACUGGCAGCAGUGCCGCUGGACACUGCGGCAGGGGGCCGGAUACUAUGGGCUCCUGAGUACCCAGACCCAGAGGUUCGUCUCCCUCUGGGACGACCACGAGGGCUACGCGAGCCGGCCGAUCCGCGCGGACGAAGAGUUCAACUCGGAUUGGUCUCGCCAGCAGUGGCAGUUUCAGGAGCUCCGCCCAUACCUGAGGCCAGGAACGCUCGUGGGGCUCUACAGCCCGGGGUUCGAAUCUUGGCUUCGCAUGUCGCCCCAGCAGAUGGACAAUCCAAGCUGGCCCAACAAAUGGAGCACCUUCCAUCUAAAGCCUGACGCCUGGAACCGGGAGACUUACCGGGUAGUGGAUGUCGGCAACGGCGAGAUUGCCUUGUACAACCCCUGGUACAGCUACGUGGGGCUGACGGACGACGGCAAGGUCAUUGUCAGCGAGAAGGUAGAAUCGAAUCACCUCCCCGCGGACUGGACUUGGGCAAGGUUCGCGGUGAUGCCGGUCGGCGAUGGCCUGAUUGGGUUGCACUGCACGGCGAACCGACGCCUCCUGCGUGGCAAGGGCCCCGAAGGGGGCAUCGAGGCCAGCGGUCCAGUAAAGUCGGGGGCAAUCAUUCCCGGCAACUGGUGGUGGCACAAGUGGCAAGUCGUCGAGCCACCCGCCGGCAAAACGCCGACCGCGUCUGCUCCUGAGGGGUGGACCUUCUCCGCACGCUGA